UAUAGAGCCAUGGCCACAUGUCUCACUGUAGGAGCAAACCAUUUUCGUGAAUGGGAUGGUGUACCUGAUAAAAGCGCCGGUGAGUGUAGGUUGUAUGACAUGUUUAAUCUAAAUAAUCAUAGCUAGGCCUAUAUGGAUAAUCGCGCAUAUUGUAGACCUUCCUAGUAAAAAAAGUAUAUACUGUCUUGUGCUCUGUUAUUGAUGGUAAAUGAAUGGUGUGGUUCUCAUUCUCAUACUCCAUAGACUCCUUGUUUUGGAUCAUUACCCCAUCUGAUCCACUAGGUGGCAUAAGUAAUGCUGCUAUUCACUUUUGUGUCUCUGUUGUGAUCCAAUAAUAGUUGCCUGGCUAUCCAUCCACAUUGCUCUGCCACCUGAGCAACUGAAUGCAAUUCAGGUUGAGUCGUCAGGCAAAAAUAAUAGGCCUAUUUCAAAUUUUGUGCUGACUACAUGAAGUGCUGACUACAUGAAUGGAAAGCUAGUAGGUUGGCUAUGCAAUAAUGUAAUUAAAGAGAACAUGAUUGGUACAAGACUCUAUCAACUUGGUCAUAUUCAAUAUUAUCAGAGACCAUAACUUGGACUGGAACAAAAACAGGGCCAAAUUGCUAUAUACCUGUGUUAUAACACUCAAAUUACUACAGUGAUAACAUUGUUGUCAUGACAUUAAUGUAACUAUAUUCCUUUGUCAGGUGUCAUGUGCAAGCAUUUUGCAUGAUAAGGGAAGCCGGUGUUCUAAAUUGAUGUUGAAAUUGAUAUUGCUUUCCUUUCUCUGUCCUCAAAAAUCAGUCUCUCAUCUUUCGAGCAGGCAGCACAAUCAACUGGACAUUGUUUCUCCAUAUACUAUAUUUUAAUAAUCGGUAAUAAUCAGCUAGUUUCAAUUGCUGGUAGGCCUACAAUGAAGUGCAAAAUUAUUCCUAACCCAACGUAUUUUUCAAUUCACAUAUCAAAGUAAGGCUACAUUGUAGGCCAGAAAAAAAUAAUCCUAUCAAAAUAGAUCGAGUGUCUGGGUACUGCAUACAAUGUCAGUGUACGUGUACGUGCGCGCCCCCUAGUACUGAAAAUAUGCAGCGCAGCUUCUGUUGGUAAAGCUGACUCACUCAAACAUACCUCCUUUGUAUGAUUGGUGGAUAUGUUUCAGCGCGGCGUACUGUAACCAAUCAGCGGAUUGUUUUCCUAUCUCGUAACGUAAUAAACAUCGCGGCCGGAGAAAUAGUGAGGGAAAGGAGAAAUGUAAACAAUUUCAGGACUCUGUGGAAUUAUAAACCAGGACUUUAUUCAAUAUAAUACUUUAAAAAAAAUAAUGCACAAUUAGUGCUAAAUUAAUAUCUUGCUUUUAAGAGAACGGGACCUAGUUGUAACACGAAUAACACACGCAAGCUAGCUAGCUCGCGCUACAGUACUGUAGGCCUCUAGCUAAAUUUACGCGGAAAAGGAACUUGCUGUUUAUAGAAAAUACGAGCUAGUAGCUAGCUAGUAAUUUGUGCAGCGAACAAGGUAGCUAGUUGUAUCUAGCUAUUUAAACAUUUCCACUAACGUUACCCUCUAGGCUAGUUAACUAAUUUGUAAGCUAUUGCGUUGGCUAGCGCAGCAGACUAAUUGGCAAAAAUGAGCGAAAAAACGAGGUACAGCAAAAAGUCUGCAGACUCCGCACCGAAGAAACGAUGUCAGUCCGACGAGCAGGCUGGCCAGUCCCCUCUUCCAAAUAAGUUAGCCAAAGUGGACGGAGAGGUGUCCAGUGAAUUACCAUCGAAUUCUCAUGGAAACAAAAAUGGGGAAGAUGGCGAUAAAGUACCAGCCAUAGAAGAGAAGAAUGGUGGAAAUGAGGAGAGUGGACUAGAUCUAAAAAAGGGACCCGGGGGGGGGAUUUGUGCAGCUGUCACUGCCAUUAAUCAAUCCAGCGCUGAUGCACAUGUCCGCGCCGCCAACAGUGCUCUUUUAUCGGGUGCACCAGUCUCUAGCGAUGCCAAGGAAGUAAAAACCCUGGGAAGUGCUGGUGCUGGAGAUUGCCGACCCUCCACUUCACUGGACCAGUCUGAUUCGGCCGCUAUAGCAGCCGCCGAGGCACUUGCUAGUCUCACAGGAGCAGCUGCGGGUGAAGAGGUUAUUAAACAAACAUCCUUUUCCUCCAAAAAAGUUGGACAUUAUGAGAGAAUGGGACACAAAGGUAAGCGUGGUGACCAGGAGUCCUCAAAAGAACGAUCAAAACCUGAAAGGGGUCUUCACACGCAGGCAGCAGCGGCAGACAGCUCUACCUCACUGCUUGGAGUUGGCAGGGAGGAUGCCGAGAACAUGCCCGAUGUGGACGAGGAAGACAACUCAAUACCCGGAUCUUCGUCCACACCGAGUUCCUCUUUCCCUUCAGAUAAUGAUGAUGAUGACGGGGAGUGCGCUAUAGUGUCAGUGAAGAUGGCCCCGGAGAUCCGACAGUCAGUGGCCCUUCUGGCGCAGGUACAGAUGAGGCUGGACGCUCUGGAGAAGAAAGGUGCGCGGCUCCACCAGCGACUAGAGCUGAAACUGAGCCGCCAGCGCCGUCCACACGUGGACCAGCGUAGCUCCAUCAUACAGGCCAUCCCCGGCUUCUGGGUCACGGCAUUAUUGAACCACCCUCAUCUCUCUGCUCACAUCGACAAAACAGAUGAAGGCGCUCUCAGUUACAUGACCAACCUUGAAAUUGAAUCCUUCAAGACCAACAAGCUUGGUUACAGAAUCGGGUUCCACUUCAAACGGAAUCCUUACUUCCAGAACAACAUCAUCGUGAAGGAGCUCCACCUUGGAAUGGCAGGAUCUCCAGUGUCUUUCUCCAACCCCAUCCUGUGGCACCGCGGGCAGAACCUGACGCUUCACAGUGAGCCCAGGAGGUCGGGACGCGGCGUCUACCAGACUUUCUUCAGCUGGUUCAGCGACCACGCCAGUCCUGGCCGGGACGACAUAGCACAGAUUCUGAAAGAUGACCUUUUCAGAAACCCUCUCAGAUACUACUUGACUCCACUGUGGGAACCCAGGCAGAAUGGCAGCACCAGUGGGCCCAAGCCAGCUGACAACAGCAACAGGGAGGAUUGUGUGGUGAUCUCUGACUCGGAUGAUGAUGAUGAUGAUGAUGAUGAUGAUGAUGAUGAAGAAGAGCAGGCUAAGUCUGGACGAGGUCUUAGCAGGGAAGAGGAGAAUGAGGAUGAGGACGAGGAGCAUGGGGGCCAAGAUGCAGAAUCAGAUGAAAGCCCAGAGGAGGAUGAUGACGGAGAGGUUGCAAUAGACGGCUCUGAUGACAGUGACCAGGAUGCCAGAGAGGAUGAGGACUCAUCGUACGGAGAGAAGGAUGAAGAGGUGGACGUGGAAGACGUGGAUGAAUCACGAGGUCGCGAGGUCAGAGACCAAGAUAAAGAGGAGGAUGUUGAGGUGGACGAAGAAGAGGACGAGAGCUAAGAUUGUUUGUUCUUUCCAAUUUCCUUUUUUUCUUAUUAUGCACAAAAUAUCAAUUAUUAUUAAUACACUCUAAAUGCUUGACUGCAUUUUAAAAUCAGGGUAAAUAAAAAAAAUCCAGGACACCAUGUUUUGACUAUAUUUUACUGUAAUCUUUGUUGGAUUUAAAAAAAAAAAAAAAAAAAUGAAAACAUUUUUUUUGUAAAGAUUCUUUAUUACUGGGGUCUCAAAUUCGAAGGAUUGUAACUUAAUCAUGCAUUAGAUCUUGACUCAUUCAUUCAGUUUACUCUUAUUGUUAGGGCUACUCAACACAAAACGAAAAUAAUACCAGUACAAUAAUAUUCUACGAGGUUUGAGACCCCUGAUUGAAUUUUGUUAAUACUGCCAAGAUUUGGUAGAAUCUCUUGUUGCAAAUGGUCCAAUUAAACAAUACUAGAUAUUUUACUGACAGGUAUCAGUGAUCACGUCUUCAACUCAAUUUAUCUUGGACUGUUCCUAUUGUAAAUCUGAUAUUUGACGAGGUAAAAAGGAGAUUUUCAUAGAGGUUGUAAUAUUAUUCCCAACACAUCUCGGAUGCACUUCCUACUGAACCAAAUCUUGUUCUCAGGGAUGACCUAGUCGUGAGUGUUUUCAUGGAAGGAAACUGCUAGAUUUUUGAGACCAUAUACUACUAUAUAAUGUUUUCUCACACUCCUGCCAUUGUUUGGGUGUAUCUGUGUAAAAUAAGUUUACUCUACAGUAGUUUGUGUUAUUUUAAUAAGGUAAAUAUAGGUAAUGUCUCCUGUGUUUUCACGCCUUUCCUAUCAUAAACGUAGUGUGUAGAUGUGCACCCAUAUUAAUUCAUAUUCACACAUGUUUAUGUUUUUCAGUUCUUUAAGUAUAUUUUAAUAUUCAUUGAGUUAUUUGGGUGGAAUCCCACAUUUUUGUAACAUGAGUUGUAAUAUUUUGAGCUUGUUGCAUCCAUGCGUUCAAAAAAAAAUUGCUUUUUUGCUUUUGUGUAACUUUUAGGAACUGUUAUCGUCACAUUUUUGUGUUUUUUGAUAACUUACUUUGAUAGACAGUUAUUUAAGUCAGAAUGAUGACAUUUAACAGUUUGAAAGAUUCUGUAUAGAGCAAAUAUUUGCAGUGACUGUUGCCUCAAAGGCAUUGACGAGUGUGAUCCGACAAAGUAACAGAACUGUAGCCCAGGGCAGCUCUUAAACUACUGUAACAAUGAUAGCUAGUGGUUUUAUGUUGUUUCUUUUCCACACAGACUGAUGGCAUUGGCAUGUACAUAUUUAAACUUAACUUUGUGUGCAGAGUUUGGAUCUGCUAAGCUUAAAUCAUUACCUGUAGCCAUCUGGAAUUUGACAAAUAGGGUACAUUAACAAAAAGUUAUAUUUUGUGUGCUGAAUUAUUUUAUAGUAUGCUAUAGUUCUGAAGAAAACGUGUUUUGUUUUUUAAGAUAAAAUAAUGUCUGCAUUUUAAAUCCGACUUAAUUAAAUAGCAAGUUAUUUA